GGAGGGGUGGCCCAUGAGGACCACAAGUCCCAGCAUGCACCGCGCCGCGUGGCCGUGGGACUGAGGGGGCGCGUGGGUGCGAGCCCUCCCCGCCCCCCAUCUCCCCCGCCCCCUGGCUGGGGCGCUGAGACACCCCGCCUGUUCCCCCUGCCCUACCUAGAGCGCUGGGCGGUCUGAAGAAUAGCAUGAUGGUGAAAAGAUGGCUACUUCUCUCUGUGUUGUGUUUUUCGCUCUCAUUGCUAAAACUUUGUGAUGGAGCCAUCAUGCUCUCUGUCCCUGAAGUGGUUUCAGUAGAAAAGGGUAGCUUGACAAAUAUCACUGUGACGCUAAGUGCCCCAUUAAAUGAGACGUUGGUGAUAACAUUUAAUAUCACAUAUUCGUCAAAAAAUGGAACCAUUGUUGAACUACCUGAUCAAGUAAUAUUGCCUGCAGGUCUAAAUUCAAGCUUUCAAGUGAAAGCUAAAGAUGUUGGACAAGUUACAGUUUAUCUUCAUGCCAGUAAUGCCAAUGAAACUGGCCCCAGGAUUCGAUUCCAAGUGAUUCAUAGUAACAUACUGAGGAUUAUAGACCAGGUGACUGGCUGGAUCUAUUUCUUUGCCUGGUCGAUCUCCUUCUACCCUCAGGUUUUCGAAAACUGGCGACGAAAAAGUGUUGUUGGAUUAAGCUUUGACUACAUAGCGUUCAACCUCACUGGUUUCAUAGCAUACAGUGUAUUUAAUGUAGGACUUUUCUGGAUUGCCUAUAUCAAGGAGCAGUUCCUACGCCAGUAUCCCAAUGGAGUGAACCCUGUGGACAGCAAUGAUGUUUUCUUCAGUCUCCAUGCAGUAGCUUUAACUCUCUUUACAAUAUUUCAGUGCUGUAUAUAUGAGCGAGCUAGUCAAAGAGUGUCCAGAGUUGCUAUUGGGCUACUUGUGAUUGCAUGGAUCUUCACAUUUACCACACUGUCCGUGGCUGCAGCUGGAGAAAUCACAUGGCUACAGUUCUUAUUUUUCUUUUCUUACAUUAAACUGGGAAUCUCACUGAUAAAAUAUUUUCCACAGGCAUACAUGAAUUUUCGGCGGAAGAGUACUGAAGGGUGGAGCAUUGGAAAUGUGUUACUAGAUUUUACUGGUGGAAGUUUCAGCCUCCUUCAGAUGUUUUUGCAGUCUUACAACAACGAUGAAUGGAUAUUAAUCUUUGGAGAUCCAACUAAGUUUGGACUGGGCCUCUUCUCCAUCACCUUUGAUGUAGUCUUUAUCAUCCAGCAUUACUGUCUAUAUAGAACAUCAGGCUAUGAGUCUUUGAACUAAGACCCCACCCUGAAUAGACAACAGUACGGAUUUAUUGGUUUUACCUCUAUACUGGCUGAUGGAUUUCCAGACUACUCACCAGGUAUCCACGUGAGUAGUGCGAGAGUCAUGCUGUUGUUUAUAAUUCCUCUACCGUAUAGGACUGUCGUGAACUUAUUUUUUGCUUAAUGGCAAAUGCCUUAAUGGAUACUCCAUUACCCUACCCUUUACAGCUGGAAAAGAUUUGCAACCCUGGAAGCUAAUUCCAAGCCAGCCUGUCUUGAGCUGGCCUAGUAAUAGUGGCUAUCUUUGACCAAUACGGCAUUUUGUGUGGGGCAAGGAAAGAGCUGGGCUUCCUUCAGCUGAACGCAACUGGAGGGUGAAAAACCGAACCAGGUACCUUUAUAAAGUAGUGACCAAGAAACAGUUUGGUUUUUUUUGCGGACUGGACAGUAAAAAUCUAACUCUACUGCUGCUGACUUCAUCUUCUCCCAAACCAAGUUGUAAGUGGAAGGCGGCGGCUCAGGAAAAGACUGCUUGGUAACCACAGAUACUGUUACAAGUAGGUACAAUGGGUUAAUGAAGGCACUAACCAAGAAGCAUGAAGACCAGACCAGUCUUCAUCAGAUUUAAUCUCACAGCACGUUCAUAUGACUGUGUCAAAAGCUGUACCUAAACAUUAAAUAAAAAAAACUUUUGUGAUCUCUGCUACCAUAUACCACCAAGCACUUUCAGUAAAAGUGCUAAAUCUAGUGCCAAACUUCUGAAUAUUUACUGCACUAAGUUGUAGAGUUGUUCACAUUUGGUUCCAUUGAAGUGCCUAGUCUGUGCUGUUAAUGCAAGGGAACAAUUUUAUGUUAAGUCUGAUCUUGUUCAAUAGCCUAAUGAUUAAAAUUUGUAUUAAUCUUU